AUGCAUGACAUUAAUAUCGUGUAUGCUUUCUUCCUGUCGGCCUGGCUCGUUGGUCCCCUAUAUGGCUUGAACCUCAUCCUUUUCGUCCUCUGUUUGCGUUUCUUACUCAACAGAGGUGUCUCAGGAGGCAAUCGGGUUCUCCUGGCCACAACCGCUGCGCAGAUACUCUUGUGCACCGGGCAUCUGGUGACGACGAUAGUCCAGAUUUUUCGAGCGAUUAGCCUAGACGAAGAAGGCCGUGGUAUUCUCGAUAAUGCAUAUGUGUAUAAUCAAUCCGAAGCAGCCCAUGUUGUUCAAGUAACCUUGUACAUCACCAACGGACUGUUUGCCGACGGUAUACUUAUAUGGCGAUGCUAUGUCGUUUGGAAUAAAUCAGUAUACAUAUGGGCACCACUAGUAUUCUUACUCGCCGGAAAUGGCAUCACUGGUUAUAUCGCCAUGGCGCACCUAUCACGUCUCACGCCGCAGACGGCGGUUUUCGACAAUUCCGUCGGCUUAUAUAUUCAAGCGACAUGGUCACUGUCAAUCGCGACGCAGGUUAUAGCUAGUCUACUCAUCUCGUGGAAGGUUCUUGCUGCAGGAGCUCGACUGGCUUCGAAUAGGUCAAGACCGCGAUUUCGCGGCUACCAUGCAACCAUAUUCUGGACAAUCGUUGAGUCUGGCGCACUCUACAGCUUCACCACGGUCCUACUGCUUGUCUUCUAUGUCAAUGGCGCGCAGGCUGGCGCGAUUUGUGCCGCGAUACUGGGACAAUUGAGUGCCACUGCACCAUACCUUAUCCUGGUCCGUGUUGAACACAACAGACAGCACAUUCCCAAGCAAACCUCCACGGUGGCUCCGCCUCGGCAUUACUCACGACAGACCUCGAUUCCUGUUCAACCUAGCAGCAUACCAGUGGGACUUGUUGCGAGCACCAGAAGCAAUAGCUUCUACGGAACGUCCAAGAGUAUCGGUCUACAACAUGAGGACGUCGAUGUUAUGGAGUUGAAGCAUGUCGGGGUCUAA